CAGAAAGCUGCGUUCAUUCACAGGAAAAGCAGAUCAAGAAAACCCUGUGGGAAUCUGAGAAAGGGUUCAUUCAUAUCGGUCGAUCGUGAAUCGACAUAUGUAGCUGAUGAUCAUCCUCCUACACCUCUGUGUUCUUCCUCUCUUUACUCAAAUCUUUUGAUACCGACCAGGCGGUCCGUAUCUUUUGUUAUUUUGUGGUUUUCGUCUCGUUUUUUCUCGUUCCGCCCCUCACGUGAGUUUCUGUAAAGCUCUCUACCUGCAAACUUUCCCGAGAAAAUCAUCCUUGAGGAUUUUCCCUAAGAGCUCUCAAGCUGAACAAACGUCAAACUGCCUUUUUGGUGAAUCAGUUUGAAACUCUUUGAUCACGUCGUUUCUUGUUUUUUCCCCAGAUCUCGAUCAAAGAAACUCUCUCUCUCUCUCUCUCUCUCUCUCUCUCUCUCUCUCUCUCUCUCUCUCUGUUCUGUGAGUUUGUGAAGGAACCACCAUGGAAGCAGUUGCUGCAUCGUACGCACGAGAUCAUCAGCCGAUCUCCCCAUGCAAGCAGGUCAAGGAGGUGCCAAAGAGAAACCACCACCACAGCCACCAUAGCUUCACGGUGAAACCAUCUCCCAUGAGUACCGUCCAUAACGGAGGAGGAGGAGGAGGUCAUGUGCUGCUCUUCACUUGUCCACCUCCGCCUUCGCGUUCUCUCUCCUUCUCUUACCCUCCUCCAUCAUCGCCACCGAUUUCCAACCCUCUCAGCUUCAACAACGUCCCUCCUCAUCACCACCAAGGGCAACCACCUUUGCUUCCUUUGCCAAAACCCUACUCUUCCCUCUCUCUCCCACCCCCUAAUUCUAACAUGAAGACCAACAAGCCCAAGUCGUCGUCCUCGCUCACUCCCAAGAAAUCUUCUCCGAAGCACCCGAAAAGGCAAGACCACAACAACAAAAAGAAGGACCCCAAGAACCCAGUGAAAUCACCCUCCACCCCACGUUCGGAUAACUCGUCAGCUGACGACGGUGUCGCGAUUAUCGGGUCGACAUGCUCGAUGGGUCCCGACCCCGAUAAGCUCCCAAGGGACGUCUUUGUGUCCAAAGGUUCGUUAAGGGGCGAUGUGGAUUUUCGCUCGCUCUUUUUGGGAGAUUUGGAGAAGUUCUCUGGCUCUGUGAUGUACGCGAUAUCGCCUCCUCCGAGCAGCUUGCCGUUGCCCAAAUUCUCUCUUCUGAGGCCGAAGCAGCUCAGCUGCAACGCCGAGGCCGCCGGAGUCGACGCCGGCGCGACCGACGAUCUCCGGCGGAUCCUCCGUCUUCCCUGAACACGUUUCUACAUCUUUCUUCCGAAGCUCAAGAAGGGACAAACUCGAGCUAAAAGGGGUCCACGCGAUCGCCCGACCUGAACCGCUUUUAGUCUGGUUUUGUUCUGGUGCUAUGGUGAUGUUUGGUGUCUCUGUGUCUGUGUGUGUACGUAGAUUUCUAUUGGGUUUUCUGUUUUCUGUUUAUUGUCUUCUCUUUCUUUUCGUUUCCUGCUUCUGAAGAUCGGUUUGUGACCACCACCUGCGUUUUAGAAAUGGGGUGCACAAAGAAAGUGAUCAACAUAUAUGAAAUAGCUCCUGUCGUUGUAA